UGGGCAAGUCUCCGUGUAGCGACGAAGACUUUGACUGGGCAGAGCAGACCGAAAUUCCCGAUCCCCUUCUUCCUCCUCCCACUCCCUCCCCUUCUGCUUGCUAUCUACAAAUCCCCAAACCCCCAAUGCUCUUCAGACAAGUGAAUCGAAUGUGCUAGAUCCAGGACCACGCAAGAAAGAGGACCAGCCAGCACUCGGGGAAGGUAGGAGGAGGAGGCAGCCAUGGCGGAGCUGGCGGUGGGGCUGGCCAAGUCGGUGGUGGCGGGGACGCUGAGCAAGGCCCACGCGGCGGUGCAGGAGGAGGCCAAGCUGCGCCUCAGCGCGCGCCGCGACCUCGUCUUCAUCACGGGGGAGUUCGAGAUGAUGCAGUCGUUUCUCAACGUGGCCAACGCGGAGCGCGUCGAGAACCCGGUGGUGCGCACCUGGGUGCGCCAGAUCCGCGAGCUGGCCUACGACGUGGAGGACUGCAUCGAGCUCGUCGUCCACCUCGACAAGGGCAGGACCAGCUUCUGGUUCCGCCUCCGCCGGCUCUGCGUCCCCUGGGCGCGCCCGCCGCGCCCGCCCGCGCUGGACCAGGCGGUGGACGAGAUCGAGCAGCUCAAGGCCAGAGUCGCCGACGUCAGCACCAGGAACGCGCGCUACAGCCUCAUCAGCGACACCGGGUCCAAGCCCGUCCCGCAGCAGCAGCUGACGGCCGCCGCUGCCGCCGGCGACACGGUGGCCGCGUCCAACAUGCUCGCCGAGGCAAGGUAUGCCGCCAUGAGAGAGCAGGUCCUCGGCGGCGAUCUCACCCAGCUGCUCACCAAAGAAGCCGGUGACGACCAUGGUAACCUUCAGCUUCAUGUGGUCUCAGUGUGGGGGUCAGCCGGUGACCACGGUGCCACAUCCAUCAUCACCAAGGCCUACAGUGACCCAGAGAUCUGCAGAAACUUCACCCGCCACGCCUGGGUGAAGCUCAUGCAUCCUUUCAGUCCGCACGACUUCGUCCGGAGCUUGAUGCUUCAGUUCUGCGCAGAAGAAGAGCAACAAGAAGGAGCAGCUAUAGGUAUGGAUGUCCUAACAAUGAUGCAGGCCACCCAGGAGGACCUCUUCCUGGAAUUCCAGAAGGUGGUGACAGAGAAGAGUUACCUCGUCGUCUUGGAAGGCCUGUCAAACAUGGCGGACUGGCAUGCUUUGAGGAAGUUCCUUUUGGACAGGAGGAAGGGCAGCUGGAUCAUCGUGUCGACGCAGCAACCCGAAGUAGCAAGCUCGUGCAUCGGGCACCCGUACCAGAUACUGGAGCUCAAACAGUUCUCGCAUGAGCACUCUGUUUGUGCCCUCUUCAAGAAGGGUUCUGAUCGCGAUGGAGAUAAAGGCAAGAAACCAAUGGUGGAAGAUUCUCCCCUCAUUGGACGUGAGUCGCUACUGAAUCAACUUCGUCAGUAUCCAGCAAAAGCACGUAUAAACUCUAGGCAGGUGAUGUCUGUGUGGGGAAUAGCUGGCGUUGGGAAAUCAGCUCUCGUGAAAAAGUUGUACGAUGAUACAAUGCACGACACGAACCUAUUUGCAAAGUACCAUUGGGUGGAUAUAUCUCAUCCAUUCAAUUUAAAGGACUUCCAAAGGAACUUACCUCCGGAUUUUCAUUUUGAGGAAUCGGGUUGGCUCAUUGUUAUUGAUAAUGUCCAGUCCAAGAAGGAAUGGGACUUUAUACAAACUUCCUUGGUAAUACCUAAAUCUUCUAAGAGCGUUGUUAUUGUCAUCACAACUGAAGCAAGCAUUGCCGCAUAUUGUGCAAAUAGCGAAGAGCUUGUGUUUAAUGUCAAAGGUCUGGAAGCUGCUGCAGCCUCAACUCUCUUCGGAAAGGUAUACAGGGAAAAAUCAUUAGACACAAGAGCUCUACAACAUACUCAAGUAGAAGAACUUACUUUGAAGUGUGGAGGUCUUCCCAAAGUGAUAGUUGCUAUAGCUGGCGUAUUGGCCAAACAAACGGUCACAAGGAUGGAUACUGUGGUUGCUUUGAAUCAGAGAUUUAUGCACCACCUGGAGACCGAGCCGGAUUAUGAUAGUCUAUGUGAUCUAUUUGGUUGGAUGCAUUCGUAUUUCCGGACUUGCCCUGAUUCAAUCAAGCCAUGUAUCUUCUACCUGUCAAUCUUUCCUCAAGACCGCCUCAUUCGGCGAAGGCGAUUAGUAAGGAGGUGGAUUGCAGAGGGAUACUCUAGGGAUGGCAACAAUGAAUCUGCAGAGGAGAAUGGGGAGAGGCAGUUCUCCGAGCUCCUUGAUCUGAGCAUAAUCCAGCAGGUGCCAAACUUAGUCACAAACCCAUUGAAUGCCACGAGAAUGGCGCUGUUGUGUCAGGUCAGUGGUUUUUUCCAUGAGUACAUCAUCCCAGGGCGAAAAGAAGACGACCUUAUGUUUGAGCUGGGGGCUAAUUGUGCCGUAACCACACAACGCACAGGGCGUCACCUUACCAUAUUGCAUGACUGGAAGAGAGACAAAAUUGUGUUUGAGAGCAUGGAUUUCUCACGGCUAAGAUCACUGACGGUGUUUGGCAAGUGGGAAUCAUUCUUCAUGUCUGAAAGUAUGAUGCUUCUUCGGGUACUUGAUCUAGAGGAUGCAUCAGGUGUGGAGUAUGAGGAUCUUGAGAACAUAUUAAAAUGGUUGCGUCGUCUCAAGUUCCUCUCACUACGAGGACGGCGUGAGAUAUACCAUUUACCAGAUAAUAUGGAUCAUCUGAGGCAACUGCAGACUUUGGAUGUCAGGAGCACCUCUGUACUCACCUUGCCAGAGAACAUCACCAAGUUGCAGAAGCUACAGUACAUACGUGCGGGCGCCACUGACCCAGCUGCAUCAGCACCACCCGCUCCAUCCUGCUGGUUCUUCAAACCUCGCCGUAUAGUUGGUGUUAAGGUGCCUAGAGGUAUUGGGAAACUGACGGCGUUGCACACGCUUGGUGUUGUCAACAUUGGUACUUCUGGUGGGAAGGCCAUGGCGAAAGCCCUGAAGAAGCUCACCCAGUUGCGCAAGCUUGGAGUGUCCGGCGUUAACAGGAAGAACAGCAAGGAUAUUUUCUCUGCAAUCAAGGGUCAUGUUCAUCUGGAAUCCUUGUCUGUCCAGCUUGACAAGGACAACCAAGGCUGUUGCUUGGAUGAUCAGAUAUCCUUGCCCUGGAAGAAUCUACGGAGUCUUAAAUUGUAUGGGCUUCAAGAUAGGUUGCCGUUACCAAGUGGCCUUGAAUAUCAGCAAGUAUUGAGUGACCAGUUUAGCAAACUCACGAAGAUGGAUGUGGAGAUGGACACUUUAAAUGAACAAGACAUUAAAUUCCUUGGUGAGGCACCGAAACUAUAUAUUCUUCGCCUCCGUAUCAAGGAGCCCAAUGGCCCCAGCCUAAAUUUUAUUGUUAAGAUAGACGCAUGCGCGUUGGCCGUCUACAAAAAGGUCAAGAUCCUCGAGAUUGGUUGCAGCUCUAGCCCAUUAUCAGUGGAAUUUGGAUCAGAGACGAUGAAAAAUCUUGAGCUGCUCAAGCUUGACUGUUCCAGUGGGACGACAUACGCUCUUGAUGGCCUGGAUUUUCUAUCUGAACUCAAGGAAGUCUUGCUUAUUGGUAGCAAUGAUGCUACAUUCAAGGCUGAACUGGCGGACAAACUUGGCAAACACCCAAAUAAACCUGUCUUGAAGAUGGAGGGAUUACCACUUCCGUCUUGAAGGGCUAUUUUUUUUUUCUGAUUGUUCGUUGGAUUCAAUUCUACCCGCCACUAGCCCAUUCAAGUCUUUGCAAAACCUGGUUGGUUUUUGUAACACUAUGUACACGUAUUUGGUCUUUUAUCGGUUCCAUACAUGUGUUCUGUCAAAAAUGUACUACACUCUACAACACAUGUUUGUGAUUUGUUUU